AUGGAAGUUUCGGACAUUAAGCCGAUUCUGGAAUGGAUGAAGGCCAGUGCUUCUAAGCCCAAGUGGAGCGACGUCUCAGCAAUGAGUUCGACCACGAAAAGCUAUUGGGAUCAAUGGGACAGAUUGCUGAUUCAGGAUGGAGUCCUGUGCCGUAAAUGGGAAAAUGGUCGAAGAGACAGAUGUCAUUUGCAAAUGGUUGUCCCUAAGGCUAAAGUACCGGAUGUUCUACAGCUGUACCAUAGUGUUUGUUCAGGAGGACACCUGGGAGUUAAACGAACUCUACUGAAGAUUCGAGAACAGUUUUACUGGGUCCAUUGUUAUGACGAUAUCGAGGACUGGUGCCGCAAAUGUACAACUUAUGCGGACAGAGAGGAAUGCGCCUCUACUACGAAUUUGAGGUCCCUUUACAGAAAGGGACCUCAAAUUCGUAGUAGAGGCGCAUUGAAAUUGUAUAAUGUUGGUGCACCAUGGGAUAGGAUAGCCAUUGACGUUGCGGGACCAUUUCCGGAAAGUGAAAGUGGUAACAAGUAUUUUAUGGUUGUGAUGGAUUACUUCACUAAGUGGCUAGAAGUCUUCGCCAUUCCAAAUGAAGAAGCUUCAACAGUUGCAGAUAAACUAGUUCAUGAAGUCUUCUGUCAUUUUGGAGUACCUUUAGAGAUUCACAGCGAUCAAGGAAGGAAUUUUGAGUCUCAAAUAUUCCAGGAAACUUGUACAGUUAUGGAUACUCAUAAAACAAGAACAACUUCUUACCACCCACAAUCUGAUGGAAUGGUAGAACGAUUUAUUCAGACAUUGGAGAGGUACCUAACAAAAGUUGUGGAAAAACGGCAACGAGACUGGGACAGGCACAUACAACCGUUUUUGGUGUUAUAUCGAAGCGCUGUUCACGAACAUACAUCAGUGACACCAGCUUUCGCAAAGUUUAGGAGAGAAUUACGGCUGCCUGCUGACCACCGGAAUAUCACCUGCCCCGACGCAGUAUAA